CCAUUGAAGGUCGUUUAUAAACGAUUUUCGUUAGGUUUUCUUUUACUGUACCCGCAUCAACCUCUGCAAAUCGGUUAACAGCGUCAGUACCCGCGGCCAUGGUGCUCAAGACAGAACUCUGUCGUUUCAGUGGGGCGAAGAUAUAUCCUGGGAGAGGCAUAAGAUUUGUGCGUGCAGAUGCUCAGGUUUUCCUGUUUCUAAAUUCAAAAUGCAAAAGAUAUUUCCAUAAUAGGCUAAAGCCUUCCAAGCUUACUUGGACAGCAGUCUACAGAAAGCAGCACAAGAAGGAUCUUGCACAAGAGUCGGUUAAAAAGAGGAGAAGAACCACGAAGAAGCCCUACUCUAGAUCAAUUGUGGGUGCAACCUUGGAGGUUAUCCAGAAGAAACGAGCUGAAAAACCCGAAGUUAGAGAUGCUGCUAGGGAGGCUGCUCUCCGUGAAAUUAAGGAAAGGAUCAAGAAGACUAAAGAUGAGAAGAAGGCAAGGAAAGCAGAGGUGAUGGCGAAGUCACAGAAAGCGGGGAAAGGCAAUCUUCCCAAGGGCGGAGCAGCAAAGGGUGCCAAGCUUGGAGGUGGAGGCGGGAAACGCUGAUGUUCGUUCCCAAUUUGAAGCAAUAAUGCCAGUUUUGUGGUUCGUUCGUUGAUCAACCGAGUUUUGUUCUAGUCAUUUCAGCAUUGAAGUAUUUAUUUCCAGUUUUGCUGAUAUACAAUCAUUCAAGCCACAAUAGAUCAUUCUCUAGUCCUUUUCUGGUAUUCAGAUUCGUUUAAUCUUGAUUAUGCAACAUGUUGGAUGCACUGUUAGUUGUAUGUGCACUCCACAACUCAUUUUUGAUGAAUUACAUAAAGUUUUUGUUGGAUUAGUAUCUUACAUCCUCA